AUGUGCAAUGACGGAUGCGGCAUAAAGCCCAGCACAGGCAUUGACUGCAGCAGUGCCCUCUGUUCUCUGGGAACAUGCCUAGACACCAAUACAGAGCCGUUCUACAAGUGCGACUGUGGCGACUUCUUUACUGGCAAAAAUUGCGAAACGCACAACAACCCGUGCACCAAUCCGGCGGCAAAUCCGUGUGGUGAAGGCACUUGCACCUUUUCCCCAGGGAAAGGCAGCGGAACCGUAACGUGCACGUGUGAUUCAGACUAUGAAACAGCUUUUGGUGCUGGCAUGACGACCGUCAAGUGGGGAAAUAGCGAAGUCCUCCAAAGCCCCCCUUGCACCGUCCGCAAGACGCGUGGCGUUGCGAAGUUGCAUUUCACGCUGUCUUCCGGGUCUCUAGAUCACCCUCCUCGGCCCGAAGACUUCUUGGAACCGUUCAGCUGGAAAGCAGCUUCCUCAUACGCCGUUGUCUCCAGAACAUCGUCGGUCGGUGGUGCCAGCAGCCGAGACCUUGGCGACGAGCGGGGCGGUUUCGGUGCGGGGACCCCUAUGGAAUCAUUUUUCCAAGCGGCGCUGAAUUCCGUCCUUGAGGCGGCAGGAGGGGGCCUUAGGAGUACCAGGACGAACAGUGCUAGCAGCAGCACUAGCAACAUCGGGUCGACUAGAACAGACAGUCGUAGCAGUGCCUCUGGAGGAAUCUCUAGCCAAAGUGGAGGAAAUGCUGUCAGGCCCUCUCGCUUUACCGGUAGAGCCGCCACAACGUCCACCUCCUCCGGGGACUCUAGUGCAAUGCAAGGUUGCCGACGUGAACCACCCAAUGGGGCACAAGCCCAGCAUACGGGUACUGACCAGGCAGGCCGAGCUAACAAAUCUGGAGAGAAUGUGCCUGCUGGGGGGCGAAGCGGAAGCAGCAGCAGCUCAUCUUCUAAGGGUGUCAGUGCUCCUGGCGUUUCACUGGACCCAGCAGGGAAAUCCCAGGUGACUGACCGGCAAGAAGCAGACCGGCUAAAAGACCUAGGCAAUGAAAGUUUUAGGCGAGGCAUGUACGGCUUGGCAGCAGAGUACUAUUCAAGGGCCAUUGCGGUGGAUGCCACGGUUGCCUCGUACUUCACCAAUAGAGCUCUCUGCCAUAAACGCGAAAAGCGAUACCCAGAGGCACUUGAAGAUGCCGAGGCAGCUCUGGCGCUUGACGAAACUAACGUGAAGGGUCUCUAUAUCAAGGGGGAUGCGCUUGUGCAGCUGGGAGACUAUGACGCGGGAGUGAGCCUGCUGGAGAAGGCGCAGACGGCAUCGUCUUCGGGGGCUGGACGAGCCUCCAACGAGAUUCGCCACUCUCUUUUAAACGGUAUGCCGAAAACCUCCUUUAUCAAUGAGCGUGAACAGACAAACCAGCUUCUGAGAAGCUCAACAGGCAGCACUAAUUUGGAAAUGAGGGAGGAGUAUUGGGCCUCCGCAAGUUGUAUUGAGUUUUCCGCAGUUGGUGGCUGUUGCGCUUCAGCGAAGAAACUCAGAAAUGCACGUUGGAGGAGGCAAAGAUCAGUGGAUAGGAAGGACCUUGAGGCGUUUCUCAAGGAAUGCAUUGAGGUGGUGGCACAACAGAGGCGUCUUCCCAUGGAAGAAGUUAACGGUCGACUGGCGCAGCUAGAACACCUCGUUGCCGAGGCCGCUGAAGCGGAUGCUCCUUUUGAAAUACCCGACUUCCUGACGUGCAAAAUCUCCAUGGGGUUGAUGGACGAGCCAGUUGUCACGCCCAGCGGCAUCACCUAUGAAAAUAAGCUUCUUCUAGAGCAUUUAAACCGCAACGGGCCUACGGAUCCGCUGACCAGGCGAGCGAUUUCUUCAGUCAUCUGA